GGAAAACUAACUAGGCAAUAAUCAUCAUGCAUAUCAAGACGCCCCAGUCGGCGCUCCUCACCAACCACGAGGUCCUCCUGCACCUCCUCACCGAGGAAGCAGAAUACACCGGUACUGAUGGCACGGACCGCAAGCGCAAGAAGCCAUCUGGUCUCACCCACAUGCUGCGCGAUGGCCUCGCGUACCUGCAAACACCCGACUACAUGACGACUGCUCUCGUGGACGCGCAUCCAAAUCGGCCCAUGACGCUGUACAAGGGUCCCAACAGCUUGUUCCGAGCGCUCGCCCCAAAGUACCGUUUGAACAAGGCCGAGUAUCUGCAGAUAUACAAUCUGAGACCAACGACGCAGGUGAUGUUGGAGUUGGUUGUCGAAGAAGCUGGCACACGCUUCACGGAAAACGAACUCCAUGAUAUGCUCGCCAUUAUACAACAAGUCUUUGAUGAAGAAGAGGCUCAGAUCCCGCACGGUGUCGAGGACAUGGAAAUGCCAAAGAUUACGAAUAAGUUGCUUGGCGCUGCGAAUAAGAAGAGGAGAAAGGUGAAGCGAAAGGUCUGAAGAAACAACGGAAAAAGAGAAAGUGGAAGCAGUGUGAAGAGAUGGGAUAAAUCGGUGGAAAAGGUAUUAAGAGUUUGACAGAAGCGAGAGGCGACCGAGACAAAUGCAUUCUGAAAAAAAACGACACAAUCUGAACCCAAUUGAAUGAGAUGGCAGAC